AUGGUCUACAACCCCGACCUAACCGCCUCAAAAGAGCUCAUCACAGGCAUCCUCAUCGCCAACCUCACCCCCUUCCAACUCGACACCAUCCAGGAGAAAUUCGGCAUCGGCGCAAACAUGUGCAACCCCAACGCAUCCGAGCAACUCUUCAUCCACGACAAGCGCUCGUGGUCGAACCACUCCCAUCUCGCCAUGUUCCGCGCCAUGCCCGACGUCGCCGCCCUGAUCGUCAUCGACGCGCGCUCCGCCGCCGACGGAUCAGCCUGGUACAUCGACUCGCAGGCGACGCAAGAAGACGUCGACAACGGGGACGCCGAAAACACAAACACCCUACAAAAGCUGCGCAUGAAUCUCGAAGAUGUUGUGAUAUCGUAUACAAACUACAUUAUUGCAAACACGUCGAUUCGCGAGGACAUGGACGAAGUCGAUAUCCCCCUUCCCACUCCUGAGCACUUCGACCAGACAGAGGCUUUCACCACGGGCUUCGAUUACAUCGCUGACCGCUACAUAAAUCCCACAUGGGUCACGGCCACGCCCGACGAACUGGAGUCCUCCACCGAUCCCGCGGACCUGGAUAAAUUCAGCCCGCGCCCGGAUAUCGUCUAUCGUCUGAAUCCCGAGGCGGCGAGAGAUGCGGGCGUGAAAUGA